AUGCCGGGGAGCUGUACACAAGGCUCCAGAGGUAAUGCAAGAGGGAAAGCCAGGGGCCCAGUGAAGACGGGAAAGGGAGAGGAGAGGAGGGCCGAAGUGGACCGGAGGGGAGCGCUAUUGCUCCAACAGUGUCCCAGCCGCAAGAUUGAGAAGAGGGGGACAGAGGAGCGUCCAGGACAGUCCAGGCGGCUGCGGCCGUGCUCACCCCGCAACUUGGCCCCGAGACCCCGGCGGCGGGGUGGGGCGAUGUGGCUGUGGCUGUGGAAGUGGCCGUGGGGACAAUGUCAGAGACUCUGGGGCAUUCCCGGGCACUCUGCGCGCUCCCCGGGCACCUAUCAGGAGCUAAGACAGAGCAGCGCGCCCCGCCGACGGGGACCUGGACAGAGGCGGACGAUGGACCCGGAGCCCUCUGCGGAGCCUGGAGCGCAAACGGACCACUCCGGGGUUCGGGUCCCCGCCUCUGCGCCCAGGGGGAGCAGCAGCGGCUGGGCGGCGGGAGGCGGAGCCGGGGCGCACGGGGGCAGGGCGAGUCGGGGCCGCCUUUUCCGCCGGGCGACGCGGGGCGGUGGGCGGGGUGGCCCUUUGAAAAGCACCGCCGGCAGGCUCGCCCGGUGCCCUUUCGCCGAGCGCUCCCCGGACCGGCCGCACGCGCCCGACGCGCCCGACUGUCUCCUCCAGCUGCGCCUUCGCCUUUUGCGCGCGCUCCGGGCCGGGACCGGUGUCGGGACCCUGCAGACGGGCGACCACGGCGGGACCCCCGGGAUCACCCCGUAUGCCGAGAGGAUGCUGGAGAGUAGCGGCGGCUGCAGGGCGCUGAAGGAGGGCGUGCUGGAGAAGCGCAGCGACGGGCUGCUGCAGCUUUGGAAGAAAAAGUGCUGCAUCCUCACGGAGGAGGGUUUGCUGCUUAUCCCGCACAAGCAGCUGCCGUCGCAUCAGCAACAGCCACAGCAGCAGCAGCAGCAGCAACAACAGCCACAGCAGCCGCAGCAGCAGCCGCAGCAGCCGCCCCAGCCCGCGGGCCCCGAGCAGCCUCUCAAGCUCAAGGAGCUGCACUUCGCCAACAUGAAGACGGUGGACUGCGUGGAGCGCAAGGGCAAGUACAUGUACUUCACCGUGGUCAUGGCCGAGGGCAAGGAGAUCGACUUCCGCUGCCCGCAGGACCAGGGCUGGAACGCCGAGAUCACCCUGCGCAUGGUGCAGUACAAGAACCGCCAGGCCAUCCUGGCCGUCAAGUCCACGCGCCAGAAGCAGCAGCAUCUGGUCCAGCAGCCGCCGCCGCCCCCGCCGCCGCCCCCGCAGUUGCCGCUGCACCCCUGCCCGCACCCUUGCGCGCACGCACACCCGCACCCGCACCCGCACCUUCAGCCGCGCGCGCACCUCCCGCACCCGCAUUCGCACCCGCUUUCGCACCCACCGCCAGGACCACCGCAGCCUCCGCUCGGACCCCGGUUCCUGCGCAGCGCCUCCAACUCGGCCUGAAGCCCAGCGCAGCGCAGCGCCCGGGAUCCCCACUCCAAACCAGGUUCUGAGCUCCCGACUGAGCCACUGGGACUGUGCAUGUUUUCUCUGGUUUCCACUCGGAUGGACAAAUACGAGAAGUCUUCCCAGCCCUGCCCGGCCCUGCAGAUCCAGUUGUUUGGACCAUCACCGGGCUAAGAACUGGAGAUUCUUUCACCUGUUUCCUUCCCCGUGUUCUCUGCAAUCCCAGAGACUUCUUGGAAAGGACCUUCCAGUAUGGUGGACUUCUAGGAGCCAGGGUGUCCUAUAAUUUUAUUUUAAUGUAUUUGGAUGUAUACGUUUAUUUAUUAGUUUUUGUAAAUUCUUGUUCUGAGACAUUUCUGAAUGUAGGCCAAUUUUCAAAAAAAAAAAAAAAAGAUCUUUUUCAAACACUGAUUCUCUAGUUCUGAGCUUGAAAAAGAGAAAAAAAAAGUCAAUGGGUAUUGGUGAGGAAAAUGCUAAGAAUCUAUUUAGGGCAUUUUUUAGAAGUUCUGACACUCAUUGUGAUGCCAGGCGAUUGGAAUUAAAUUCUGUGAUUUCA